GGCGGGAGCGCGCGGUGGGUAGAAGCACAGAGCAAAGCCGCCGGCUGGGGGCUGGAGAGACAGGUCUGUGCGGGGCAAGCAUUCAGCAGGCGGAGUCUCGCGCGCUGAGACCCAGCUGGGUAAGGCCGGUGGCCUCGAGUGUCAAGAGAGAGACAGAACAUAUGAACAUGAAUCAUUGAGCCAUUAUUUUCAUUUCUGGAAGACAGAACCUCUUGAAAGUCUCAAAGUGUCCACUAAACUCCUAAAUUGGACAAUAUCCAUUUACACAGUUGAAUAAGGUGAACAUAGGAACUUAUAUUUCUCAUCUUGGUCCUUAAGCUCUCCGUGAUCUGGUCCAACUUUAAAGGAAAUAACUGAUUAUGUUCACCAGUGAGCUUGCACAUGAGCUAACUGCCUUGUAUUUUACAGAUCCUGUUAAGAAUCAGCUCUUAGUGAAAAAGCAUUGAGAGAGGAGCCAAGACUCAACUCUUCACUAAUUUGACGUUGUGCAAUCAUCUGAUUUCUCUGGAUCUCAGUUGCCUCAUCUGUAAAAAGGAAAUAAAAAUUCUUUACCCAUUUGAAGAUGAAGUGGAGGACCAUACUGCUACAAUAUUGUUUUCUCUUCAUUACAUGUGUACUUACUGCUCUUGAAGCUGUGCCUAUAGACAUAGACAAGACAAAAGUGAAAAAUACUCAGCCUGUGGACAGUGCAAAGAUAGAACCACCAGAUACUGGACUUUAUUAUGAUGAAUACCUCAAGCAAGUGAUUGAUGUGCUGGAAACAGAUAGUCAUUUCAGAGAAAAGCUCCAGAAAGCAGACAUAGAGGAUAUAAAGAGUGGGAGGCUAAGCAAAGAGCUGGAUUUAGUGAGUCACCAUGUGAGGACAAAACUUGAUGAACUGAAAAGGCAAGAAGUGGCAAGGUUGAGAAUGCUGAUUAAAGCGAAAUUGGAUUCCCUUCAAGAUACAGGCAUAGACCACCAUGCUCUUCUAAAACAAUUUGAUCACCUAAACCACCUGAAUCCUGACAAGUUUGAAUCUACAGAUUUAGAUAUGUUAAUCAAAGCGGCUACAAGUGAUCUGGAACACUAUGAUAAGGCUCGACAUGAAGAAUUUAAAAAAUAUGAAAUGAUGAAGGAACAUGAAAGGAGAGAAUAUUUAAAAACACUAAAUGAAGAAAAGAGAAAAGAAGAAGAAUCUAAAUUUGAAGAAAUGAAGAAAAAGCAUGAAAAUCAUCCCAAAGUUAAUCAUCCAGGAAGCAAAGAUCAACUAAAAGAGGUGUGGGAAGAGGCUGAUGGAUUGGAUCCUAAUGACUUUGACCCCAAGACAUUUUUCAAAUUACAUGAUGUCAAUAGUGAUGGCUUCCUAGAUGAACAAGAAUUAGAAGCCCUAUUUACUAAAGAGUUGGAGAAAGUAUACGACCCCAAAAAUGAAGAGGAUGAUAUGGUAGAAAUGGAGGAAGAAAGGCUUAGAAUGAGGGAACAUGUAAUGAAUGAGGUUGAUACUAACAAAGACCGAUUGGUGACUUUAGAAGAGUUUUUGAAAGCUACAGAAAAAAAGGAAUUCUUGGAGCCGGAUAGCUGGGAGACAUUGGAUCAGCAACAGUUCUUCACAGAAGAAGAACUGAAAGAAUAUGAAAAUCUUAUCUCCGUGCAAGAAAUUGAACUGAAGAAAAAGGCAGAUGAACUUCAGAAACAGAAAGAAGAGCUGCAACGUCAGCAUGAACAACUUGAGGCUCAGAAGCUGGAAUAUCAUCAGGUUGUACAGCAGAUGGAACAAAAAAAAUUACAAGGAAUUUCCCCAUCAGUGCCUGGUGGAGAAUCAAAGAUCCAACCACACAUUUAAAGUCCGAAGUCCACCAGAACUUAGAAGAAAACUCUUAAGUCAUCAUCUGUGUCAUCUUUUUACCUCCCUUCCUUUUUCUCUGCCCAAUAAAUAUUUUAAAGCAUAUAUGGAAUAAAGGACGAUACUUUUUAAA